UGCUACUGAUCCAAAGAGAUGCCAGACUGAGCUCAUAACCUAAGAACUGUACACAGAUGGGACCUUGACAGUCACCUAUGUAGUUUUAAUAGCCAUAAGCGGAUCUGUUCAGCACUGAACAAUGGACUGACUGGAUGGACAAAUUAACCAUGGACAUCUUUACUCUGUUAAUGCUUCUACUUUCAUGCAGGAUUAAUGCAGUAAAAAGCUGGAAAAGAUAUGCUGAAAUUCAAUUGAAGAUGAGUUUGGAGCUCAGGUAAAACUGGUACCUGAAACCCUGACAGUCCUGCGAGGAGAUGAGGCCCGCUUCACCUGCAGCAUCACACCCAGUAACACCAAGUGGGCCGCUAUGGUGUGGACCCUGAACAAUAGAGUGGCGCUCACCAUCUCCAGAGAGCACGGCAUCCUUCCCUCUCGUGACCUUAAUGUGAUGGCAGAGAAUGGGUCUUCUUCAAAGGUUGACAGCUGGGUGUUCAUCCUUAACAACACAGAGAGACUCCAUGAGGGACCAGUGGCCUGUGACAUCCAGGACUUUGAAAGAAAAACAGCCAAUCUGUUUGUACAAGAAAAGGGCAGCGUGAAAGUCUUUGGAGACAACAAGUUGGCUUUCAGAGGGCAUUCAGUCCUGUUUGAAUGUGAAGCAGCAGGAUGGUACCCUCAACCCACUUUGCGAUGGCAGGUGACUGAUAAAAAGGUGAGCCAGAGUGAAUACACCAUCAGUAGUGAAGCAUCUGGGUUGAACUUCACUGUGACCAGCACCCUCAAUGUGACGGCAAUGAAGAGCUCUCGUGUGGAUUGUCUGGCCUCUGUGUCUGCCCUCCCUGCACCACUGAUGAGCAGCGUCCAUCUGACAGUGGUUGCGGAGGUGGUGGAAGAAGCAGUUGACUGCACAGUCCCGCUGGCAGUAACGGCCUCCGUCCUCGGUUUUCUUUUGCUCCUCCUGCUCUGCAUCUGCACUGUCCUCUGUUACAGACAAAGGAGACAAGCAAAACAAAGCCGGCAGGAAGAAGCAAGAUUCGAGCCAUCAGUGAAUGUGCAAAGCCCGUUUGCUACGGUGACAGGGGGGAAUGUCAACCUGGGAUACUCUAAUGAAAGCACCACAGAUGCAGCUCACAAUGAGCUAAUCAUGGAAACUCCUAGACAGAUGGAUUUUGCCAGCUUUGACAAGGUUCCUGAUCUUGUGUCAUUCAGAAGCCAGUCUCCACACCAGGACAGCCAAGCCCACAUGAACAUCAGGAGAUUGACCACAGUUUGAAUAUAUAUUAAUACAUUUAUAUUGUUAACUAUACCGUAUGCCAUUGAGAUGUACAGUAUAUGGACUUUCAUCAAUCUUUGAAUAGUAUGAUGUUUGUUAAGCUACAAGCUGAUGCCAUGUGUACAGUACAAUAUGUUUGCAAAAAUAUUAUUAUGUAAUACCUUUAGUGGAUAACAUUUAAACAUCUAAAUUGCUUUAGAGUAUAUCACAAAAACAGAUUUCUGUAUUUUUUUAUUUUCAAUAAAUGCUAUUUUUGUGCUCUUUUAUAUUCUUGGUUUA